AUGAGUACCCCGACCUCAUCUAAUGACGAAUGUAUCGAGGCGCUCGAGGACGAUGACACUUCUGCUGAGGACGCAGAGGAUCUCCCUCCCACGAAGAAGCCCAAAAAAACUCUGCGCGACCGCAGUGCACGUGGACUCACAGCGGAGCGCCAUGCGAUUAUUGUCGUGGUGUACCAGCACUUCAAGCUCAUGCUGUGCACAGAGGGUGCAUAUCCGGUGUCGGCAGAUGAGGACAGGAUGAUAGCAGAAGCUUGGACUAUAGCUUGUGGCGAGAAGGAAACCCCGGAUGACCUGGUCCCCACCGAGCAGGAGCGCUUGUUGGUGCGAACGCGUGCCACGCAAGUACGCAGUGCUCUCAAGAGUCUUGCACGGCAACUGCUGGAGAAGCACUACGGUUUCAAGCAGGGCCUUACUGCUGAAAUCAAGGAGUACAACCGUGCCCUUGUGGCAUUAUUGAAGCCAAAGGUUGCAUUCGCACAUAUAGAUCCACACAAUCCGACGACGAUGUGUCGUCACCCAAUCAUCGCGGAAAUCAUCACAAGGAUGUGGUUCAAAGAUGCCGAAGAUGAUGGUGUGCAUCAUCCCGAGUACUUCGAGAAUGGCCUAGUGAUGCUACUCGCCCUCGUCCUAACAGAGAUUGAAUGUGCCAUUGAUGAAUGGGCUACGGGGAUCCAUCGUGCUGUCGAACUUCGCGCUCCGAAGUACAAGCAGAAUUACGAAAGGCACCUCCAAGAGCUUCGCAAGUGGGAGAGGUACUCGAGUACGCGGUCGAAAGCCCCGCAGUGCAUGCAAGAUGACUUACUGAAGACACUCAGAGCGAAUGCAGGUGUUUCGGAUCAAUCAAAUAAUUCCGCAGCUGAGGAGGAUCUGUCUGACGAUGACUUUGCUACGUACGAGAUAUGA